AUGGAUAACAGGGAUAUAGAGGAUGUCCUGAAUAUGGACAUCACGUCUUUGCUGGAAUCGUGUGAACUCUAUCAGGGAUACACCGUGCCGGAGAGGACCGUUCCCUCGUCUACUCCAGAUAACACCCUGGACUUGGAUAUCGACAAGUAUCUAAACCUACCACUGGAGACAAGGUCGAAAUCAUGCAACCCACCUUUAGAGGAAGGUGCAAAUGGAGACUCAAUUGUGGACGAUAAUCUCUUGGAGGAAAUUGAUCAACUUAUCAAUGCCUCAGCUAUCUCUCAUGGUAUACCGACAAGCGAGAUUGGGCCUCCCAAGGAAUCCUCUAGUUGCUUCAAUGGUACUGGUGGUGGUAAUGCCGCUACCAACGGCACAGUGCCAGGUACUGUUGACAUGUACCCACAACGAAGCAUAACGAAGAAGCCCUCGUAUAAAAGACUUUCCACCACCCCGCAAUCACCGAGUUCAAUGAAGAGAAUUGCAAGAUCCCCCACUCAACAAUCAAAUACACAGUUUGGAAUGGCACAUGCAGCUGCUAUGCUUGCCACCAAUAACUCACCUAGUAAAAAUUGUUCAAAUAUGGUGUAUCAUGAAAAUGCAAAGGCAGCAGCAGCACAGGCUAUUGGAUCCGCUCAACAUAGGAAGCCAAUAACAUUCAAAACAAGUGUGAAAAGAAACGCCAAUUAUCAAAAUGCUAAGCUGAAAAAUGCCAGUAUUCAAUCGUCUAAUGCUUCUGUAUACUCCACUCAUUCCAAGAUUUCUAACGUGUCCAACAACUCUUCUACUUUUGAUUCCUUUUACUCGCCAUCAACUGACACACUGGAAACAAUAAUUUCAUUUGAUCAACCUCGUAGGUUCACCUCAGAUAAUAUCGAAUCGAGACAUUCUACAAGAACUUCAAGUACUUCAAGCUCUCACGAACUUGUUGCUUUAACUCCAUCCCCCGUUGUAAGCCCAAGGUAUCAGCAAAUUACAUUCACACCACCUAAUACGAUUGGAAAAUCACCACAUUCUGAACCUCUUACCCCGAUAUCCAAGACAACAAUGAAAUUCUCUCAAUUGUCUACAAAAUCCCCCGAAAAAAAGACAUUUCCUUCAUUAGAAUCAGUUGCAAACGCUGCAAAUACUACACCCCAACUUUCCGUUUGGAAGACAAGACCGCAACACCCUAAAACGCAACAUGUAAACCAUUCAAAACCAAAACUAUCGCCUUCACAUAGUUCGAAAAGACCUCCCCACAGAAAUACACUGAAACUCAACACUUUUGUGGACCGCCAACAGUCUGAGCACCAAUAUCCAUUCCCGACGCCUUACCACCAAACUUCAUCACUUUCACCACCACUGCAAGUACCACCACCACCACCACCAUUACCAUCAUCUUCAAAAUCAUCCUCCUUCUCCCCCAAACAAUAUACCCAAUCAAAUGCUGGAUAUAAUUUACUAGAUUUUUCUAAUUCACCCAUUACUAUCGUUUCCAACUAUACUACUAAAAAUUAUCGCAACUCUGUAACAUCUACGACAUCCUCAAACUCUACUAUUUCUAACACCUCAACACAUACAAACAAUGCUCCUAAACAGCCCAAUAUUGCCCCUUCUAAAAGCAUAAUUGGACCUUCAUUCAAAUAUACCAAUUCCUAUGCUUAUGCGAAGGAAAAAUCUUCAACAAAUAGUCAUAAGCACGUUAAAUCGGAAACACGUCCAUUAAACACUGGCCCGGUUAAGUGUGAUUUCCGCAGCCUGGUCAAUACAUUCAACAAAAAGGAAAAGCGGAAACAGCAUCCUAAAGUUUAUUCUAAUAUGAACCAAGGAAUGUCUGAGUUUCAGGUGAAUAUUGGGAAGUAG